GUCGCAACUAUGACAGCUGACAAGGCCAUUCUUUGUCUUCUUUUUAAAUAAUUUAUCGGAGUCUGAUGCAAUCGAUAUAAAUACGUGUUUAAUACUGCAAAAUAUGCUCGGCGUUACAGUCACUUCCCCCUGCCGUCCAGAAUAAAAGAGAGCAUCCCAAUCGAGUGCAGGGAUUGAAUACAUGUCUAGUAGGCUACAGGGUUGAGCGAGCGGAUUUAAAACCAAACGAUGCUGUGUAGGCUGAUCUGGAUUUUAGGGAAUCGUGUUCUGGAGACGCAGCGACAGAUGGGACCCUGGGAAUCUGUUGCACAAUGAGGAUGAGCCCUCUGAAGGGGCUGCAGGUGCCGAGCCGUCCACAUCCUCCCAGACUGCUGCCGCCGUCGCAGGCAUCAGCAACCCCGCCAUGGAUAUGGAAGCUCCGCCUCCUCCUUAUACCAGCGUGGCGCUCGGAGCAACAGCUGGACCAGAGAGCACAUUUCCGAGGGACUUUCCCGUUCCUCCACCAUACAGCGUGGCCACAUCUCUGCCCACUUACGAUGAGGCAGAGAAGGCCAAAGCGGCAGCCAUGGCUGCUUCAGCGGUGGAGGUUAUUCCACGAGAUGUGGAUUUUCCAGUUCGGGAUGACUUCAGUGAUGGUGAUCAGCUGAGGGUGGGAAAUGAUGGAAUCUUUAUGCUGGCCUUCUUCAUGGCCUUUCUGUUCAACUGGAUCGGGUUUUGCUUGUCUUUCUGUUUGACCAACACCAUUGCGGGCCGAUACGGUGCCAUCUGCGGCUUUGGCCUCUCUCUUAUCAAAUGGAUUCUCAUUGUGCGGUUUUCAGAUUACUUUACUGGAUACUUCAACGGGCAGUACUGGCUCUGGUGGAUUUUCCUUAUUCUCGGACUCCUGCUGUUCUUCAGAGGGUUUGUGAACUACCUGAAAGUGCGUAACAUGUCCGAAAACAUGGCGUCUUCACUCCGAACCCGCUUCUUCCUCCUGUACUAGAGGUCGCCUCGCCAAAACAUUCCUCCCUAAUGUGAAAUUCCUUGAUGAUUUGCAACCCGUCAAAUGAACUGGACUGGAUCCCACUGAGGGGAAGAGGAAGAAGAGAAAAAAGAAAACGAAUAUCUCUGCCAAAUGUUCUGAACUGAACUCAGUAAAAGCGGAAGGUUUUUCUGCACUCCGAACGAGUGCAAAUCAGCUCUUGAUAUCCAGUUUUCACAUUGUAACUUCCCAGUUGGCCUCAGCACAUAAACUUCUGAUUUUGACAAGUCAAAAAAAAAAAAAAAAUACAAUGGUUCAUCUUUCCACACACUGCAUGCAGAGCAAUGGAUCUGUGUAGUUCAGUUGGAAAAAAAACACAAAAAAUCACUAGAAAUAUGCAGCCAAGACAUCCUAUGCAAUGUCUUUUACCAAACUGGGUUAGCAGUCUUAACUGGACGAAACUAGAUUAGUAUAAUUCUCUUUGUUUCAUUGCAUCCAAGGCUUUGGAAAGUUUGAUUGCCUUGCAGUAUUAAUAUACCAAGUUUAGAUUAAUAUACAAGUUCAGUAACUGUAGCUAAACGACCAAGCUUUAUAGUAAAUGAUUAAGUAACUUCAUUGAUGUGUUUCAAACUGGAAUUUGUACUUAUCCCAAAAUAUAUAUUUGCCUUUUGCACCUUCCGUUUUUUUCCAUUUAUUAUUAUUAUAUUUUUUUUAUACCGUAGUUAUUGUUUUAAGUUGUGAUCUUGCUCAAGCUGUGACCUGCCUAGAUGACUUUAGUUACUUGAAUCCCUGAAUGCCAGACAUUUGUUUCUUUUCAUCACAAGCAUCUUCAGCAAUAUCAGAUGUUAAAAGAAAUGGAUGGUUAACUCGGUUACAGCAGUUUAAAUGACUAAUACAGUAAACAAAACAAAAAAAUAAAAUAAAAAAGAGAGAAAAAGCAACUCACACUUAUUAAAUGUAUGUAAAACCAAAUGAAUUUUGUUGGAAUAAUUGAUAUUUUGGAUAUUCUGUGAUUGGCAGAGAUGAUUGUGUGCUAUGUUUAUUCUCUUGUCUUGCAUAAUGCCAAUAAAAUUUGAAAUUACAGGUA